AUGCCAUCCAAAGGUGCAUUAGGCAAGUCAGUGGGUUCCGGCGGGUCAUCGCGUUGCAGUAAGACAUCGAGUGUUUCUAGCUCAGUGGUCCGUACUACAACUAAUCACCACACUAGCAAGUCAUAUGUCCACAGUACUACUAUUACCAGAAGAGAAGUUCAAACUCCGACAAGUUGUCGCAGUAGCAAAACACUUACUGUCACCGAAACAGUGCACCAAAAUCCCGUACGCUCCAUAUUACCAGCUAUAACCAAAUCCAGUGAAUCAAAGUGA